AUGUCUGAAAUCGAAGCGGUUCGCACAGCGAAUGAAUCAAGGCUACGGAGGUUUACAGCUUUUGUGGGGAUCUUUGCCAUGCUGCUCAUUCUUGCGAUAGCUUUAAUAUUGGUCAAUAUUAAUGCAUCUAAACCCGGUGUUACAGAGUUUUCAGAAGAGCCAUUCAACGCCAGUCUCGAAACCGAUUCUGUAAAUGAAACUUCAACUACUCCUCAAGUACCUCCACAACAAGUAAAAAGCAGCUCAGAGUUGAAUGCAUCGAAUGCUUUUGUGACAGAUUCCGUACCCUCUUGGAAUGCGGACCCUAAUCCUUUUCUAGCUGCUAUUCGUGACUUUUUGUUCCAGGCGAGAGAUGGUUUGCUCGAGGUAUCAAGUACUGUAUCAGAGCCAUCUGUUCACCAAGACACAGAAGAAAUGUUCAAAGUAUUUGAGCAAGGGUUGAUCGAAGCGACCACAAUGUUGAUGAAAGUAACGGAUGAUGCCGACUUGUUUACUACACCAGCUGCAAAGAAUGAGGAGAAGGAAGAAGAGAAUAUAAGAGUAGUUAAAAUUGAGGAAGAUCUUAUUCAAGAACGAGGGGUUGGAAUGGGCGUGUUAGGAAUUUCGAAUAAGAAACAAGCGGCUAUGAACUUAAUGGCAAAUGCCACGACUGGCUGCAGCAACUGCUAUGAAAAACUCAACACUUGUGUGCAGAAAUGCUUUAGUGACAACAAUUGUCAUGAUGUUCAACGACAGGUCCGCUCUUGUCCUCCUGCCCCGACAAGAUUGUGUAAUCCGUUUGCACAAUGGAGUCCUGUUGAUGAAUGCCAGAAUCACGAAGACUGCAUAAGUCCCAACUUGUGUUGUAACGAUGGCUGUGUGAAUAAGUGUUCUCCUGGAGUUUGGCGUCUUCCUUAA